AUGAGCAUCCUGGAUUCUGCCGAAAAGAAUAUGGAGCUCCUUGAGAAAUCUCUCGUUCUUUAUGAGCAAAUUGCUCAAAAAGCAGCCGGACUCAAGGAUCCGGUAUCUCGAAAAGCGGCUGCCGGAGACUAUGAGAGAUCGAUGGAAGUCAUAAAACGAUGUCAGGAGCAAAUUGAGGAGGCUGAGAAGAAUGCAGAUGAUGAUAAGGAGAAACAUCAGAAGGCGAAGAGAAUGGUGGAUCGAGCUGGAGAGAUUGUGAAGCGGAUUCACGAGUUGAUGGAGAUGAUAGCGAAGAAAUCAAACAACGUCAAGGAAAACUCCGUCGAUGAGAAGGUUGGAGCAGAUCAAGGCGAGCGAGGGGAGAACUUGGCUCUGACCGUCGGCACCGCGCACAGAUGGUUUACCGAGGGAUGCAAAAGGAAUGCUGCGUCAAGUUUAUCAAAGAGAAGUGGUGAAGAGGAUGAAGAGGAUGAAGAGCCACGUGUCAAAAGUGUGAAGAAACGAGAAGUGGAAGAUGUGCCCGGAAGGUAUGAGAGCUCCGGGUGGGCGAAGAAUGUUCAAAUGUGUGCGGAUCUUUUUAAGAAGUGA